AUGGCGGAUACCAACCCGCCGUCUCCGCUGCGAGGGGAGCAGCUGGGAUGCGACGAAUGCCCUACGCUUCCCGCGGGGGGCGCGUUAGCGCCGGAGGACUACUACGUCUCGGUGGAGAACAUACAGCUACUCUGGCUGAGCGGCACCAUCGGCCGCACCAUCAUUGCCCCUCUUGAUCGUGUAAAGUUCAUCCUGCAGUGCCAAGGUGAACUACAGCGACUAGGCACAUUAGAUGGAUCGUUUCGCGGGGCGGGGCACUGUAUGCGUCACUUAGCCUCUGUUGAGGGCUACCGUAGUUUUUGGCGGGGUAAUUUGAUUCAGGUGGUUUCCUUGCUGCCAAUCACAAUUGCACAGAUAUUUAUCGCACUCCCCACGCAAUCCUUUGUAUUUAAUGCCUGCCCGCACUAUUCGGUGUCGACGUAUACCGUCUCACUCUACGCGGCGCACAUAUCUGGUGCGCUUGCGGCGUCGAUGGUCUCUUACCCACUUGACUUCGCGCGGUUUAGGCUUGCGGUCGACGUUAAACCAUUCCGUGGUGCCUCGUACGAGUACCGCCACAGUUUGGCAUUUUUUUCUCAGCCCAUACUGAGUGAAACUCCACACCUGCUCUACAAGGGUUUAGGCCUGUACGUGUUUGGUAGUCUUCUAUAUCAAACUGUUCACAAUGGUAUUUUGAAAGUUAUGGAGCCGUUCGUCCUCCCUGAGACACCUGAUAGCAGCUAUGGCACAGUGGCAGUCCAAGUAGGGACGGGCCUCACCGUGUCGGCGCUCUCAACACUCUGUCUUCACCCCAUAGAUACUGUGAGGCGGCGCAUGAUGAUAGCGGCAACGGAAGACGAUCUCCGUUAUUCCUCAAGCAUGCAUUGUGUCCGCCACAUUGUGCGGACGGAGGGGCCGGCGGGGUUGUACCGCGGGGGCCUCUUUGCCCUGGUAAGGAUGGUGGCCACAACGGCGCUAUUCACGCUAGGAAGCGUCACAAGCUGA